UUGAAAAAUAAUCGAAUUUCGUGUUGUUGGUGUUGUUUUCAGUGCUUUUAUUUUAUUAUAAGAAAUGUGUUAAAUUUUAUGAAAAUACAGUUUUUAGCCAGAAGUAUUUCUAAUUCACGAUUUAAGUUAUAUAAAAUACUGAAUUUUGGUAAUCUAUCACGCUAAAAUGUCGCGAUUCGUGGCUAAAAAUAACGAGUACGAUAUUUUUCAGGAAUAAGCGACCUUCAAACUCUGAUCAGUAAGAUACCUCUGAGCGUAUGCUGUAGGCUCGUGUUGUCGGAGUUCGGAGUACAGUGGCGGGAUGUGAGCCGGGCUGUCAGGAACUCCCGGUUGCCUAUGACCCCAGCAAGUGUCGCCAGGGUCCUAUCGAGGCAUGCCAAAAAUCUACCCAAUGAGGAAAUCAUUGAAAUUGUAUCAAAAUUGAGAUUAAAAAUGGUGGUAACGCAGCGCAGGACGUGGCAUGUUAUUAAGCUAUCAGAACAAAUAUCAGAUGAGCCGGUCAACACUUUGGUGCGGGUGCUACCGGCUCGUGUUGAAAAUGCAUUGAGAACAUCCAAAACUAGUCGGAAUAUGCGUCCAGAGGUCCAAUCCAUCAAGAUGGGUGACUUGAUAUACAUCAGCAUACAGAUGGUGUCGGAGAUCAAGGAUGGGGCAGUGCUGUAUGUGGCCUAUCCACCCGGGGAGGCAGUGGCGCUGGUCAGCUCGCUACAUUCCAGCUCCCUGAAACCUUGUCUGCUAGGUUUGGGCUAUAAGAAAUUUGAGGAUGCUGGUCUGAACGGGAGAGAUGUGUACUCGUUGCUAAGAAUCAUCAACGGUGGGAACACAGAAUUGCCUGACCAUCUUGCCGAACUUCCAGAAUUUGAUGAUGGACCUUGCACUGUUAAAGGAGGUAUAGACUUUACUGGUCGCGCUGCCGCGGACCGGUACGCGGCGGCCGCGCUCGGCCCCGACCCGCCGCAACUCACCAAACUCGCCGUCACUGCCAACAAAAAGUUCUUCAAUCCCGACAUAUUGAAUAAGAAGAUGAAAAUAACGAUACAGUUAAAGAGUGAUGACAUUGCUAAAACUCUUCAUACCUGGGCCGUGAAGAGAGCCAUACACCCCAUGUCAGAUUGGUUCCGAGUCUUCCAUCAAGCCAAAUCAAACAAACUGCAAGUGGACUUUGAUGAUGAUUCUUCAUGAUUUGUGAUAAGCAAUUUUCGACAUUGGGUCGUCUGUAUAUAAAUAAUGGAAAUAUAAAUGAAAAGCAAAAGAAUGAAGAGACUGCCAGAUUUCAAGGACAAAAUGACAGAUUUCUUUUCUAUAUCUGUAACAUUGUUUAUUUUCUAUAGAAAUCCUUUGGGGGCAUGCAUAAUGUAAAAACAAUUACUUAGCGCAGAAGUAAGGAUGCUGCGCAUAUCCCUCCCUUCAAGCUGUCCAAAUGUCAGUAAGGGAGCUUUCACAAGCCACCGCGGCGUUUUACCGCAAUUUUUGUGCAUGUUUAUAUAGUGAAUUAUUCAAAUUAAAAAAACAUUACAUUU